AUGUAUUACUACUACUAUUUGUUGCUCUUGGGAUUGGCUUAUUGGGCUGUCCAGAGAUUAAUCUUGUCACUCGAGCAGCGUAAAUUCGCCAGGAAAAAUGGAUGCCAACCUUGCCAGCGUAUACCACAGAAAGAAAGACUCAUUGGCUAUGGCCUAUACCGGCAAGAAGUCACUCUAGCUCGGGAGGGCCGAUCUUUGCAGGAAGCACAGAAUCGCUUUCAACUGUUUGGCGACACAUUUUCUGGAGUUGUCAUGGGGCAGUUUUUCAUUAGUACAAUAGAUCCGGAAAACGUCAAGGCUUUGUUGUCCAGCCAAUUCAGCGACUUUGACAGUGGCAAGAAAGGUCUUUUUGGUCCUUUCAUAGGAGAUAGUAUGUUGACUACGGAUGGAGCUUUGUGGAAGCAUUCAAGGGCACUGGUUCGCCCACAUCUUGGCAAGGGCCAAGUAGAAGAUCUCAGCAAGCUGGAAGGUCACAUACAAAACUUACUUACAUGCCUCCCCAAGGAUGGUUCCACAGUAGAUCUACAGCAAUUAUUCUUCCGGCUUACAUUUGACAAUGUUGUUGAGCUUUUUCUAGAUAAAAAGGUGUCUACUUUGAAUUGUCAACCAGGAUCCCGUCUACACAAGGUCGUUGAAGCUUUUGAGAACGUUGGUAACUUGGUCAACCGGCGUGCCGCUCUAGGCCCUCUCCUGCUUUUUUACCGGGAUACCGAGAUGAAUGCCACGUGCAAGAUCCUACAUGACUUCGUGGAUGAUAUUAUUGAAAAGGCUUACUUGAAACGGAAAACACGAAAAGAUCACAAAUCGCUCAACUCUUUCCUGGAUAGCAUUCUUGACAGCACGGAUGACCUCGUGAAAAUUCGGUUUGAGGUUUUGGGUUUGCUUCUCGCUGGACGGGAUACAGCAGCCAGCGUAAUGAGCAAUUUGUUUUUUGUCUUGGCAAGACGACCGGAUAUUUGGCAGAAACUUCAAGGAGAAAUAGAAUACCUUGAACAACGAAAGCCAACAUAUGACGACCUUAGGGGACUAAAAUACUUGCGACAGGUAAUCGAUGAGACUAUGAGAUUAUAUCCUCCAGUCCCAGGACUCUUCCGCGCUGCAAAUCGUACCACUAUACUCCCUCGUGGUGGAGGUCACGAUGGUCGAUCUCCUGUUCUCGUUCCCAAAGGAACUGUGAUAAGCUGUUCCACAUUCAGCCUCCAGCGUCGCGAAGAUGUAUUUGGGCCUGAUGCGCAGGAAUUCCGACCAGAGCGGUGGGAUAGUCUAAACCCACACUGGGAGUUUUUGCCGUUUAGCGUUGGCCCAAGGGUUUGUAUGGGCCAAACAUAUGCAUAUGCAGAGAUGAUAUACAUAUUGAGCCGAAUGUUACAAGAAUUCCAGCAGGUGGAGAAGCGGAGUGAGAAACCUUGGGUAGAAAAAUGGUCUAUCACUUUGUUGAAUGGAUCCGGUACCAAGGUUGGGUUGAUUCCGAAGACAAGAGCAAUCGAAUAGAUGCGAGAAAAAACGCAAUGUCUACAGACUGGUGCUCCAGUAUGUUUU